AUGGCUGCUACGGUCCCCGCGAGAGCACAGGUCCUGUCCGUGUACAGACAGUUCAUCAAGAACGCAAACCAGUUCACUAACUACAACUUCAGAGAGUACUUCCUCCGCAGGACGCGGAACACUUUCAAGCAGAACAAGACCGUGGAGGACCCAGCACGGCUGGCCGCGUUGUUCGGAGAGGCGAGGGCUGAGCUGAAAGUGCUCAAGAGACAGUCUGUCAUCUCGCAGAUGUACACUUUCGACAAAACGGUCGUUGAACCGCUCAACAAACGCUCACAUGGUUGA